UGGAGCUGCGCGAGUUAAAGUUGGGCUAAAGGGGGGUGAGAGGAUGCUGCAGAACAAUCUACCAUCUAAUUAACGUAGCCUAUGCGGGGAAACGUGUUCUAAGUGAAGGAUGACUUGCAAAAUACUGAGCAUAUGCCUCUUAUUUUUGGGUUUUCAACAUUGCUCAUCACUUGCUCCAGGAGAAUGUGUUGAUCCGCUCAUCUCCGGACUCUAUGCCUCCUCCUUCCUGGCCUCCUCCAGAUAUAAUUUUCUUUACUCUGCCAAUUUUGCCAAAUUGUAUGGCAGCAGCGGCUGGUCCCCAUCUCCCAGAGACAGACAGCCAUGGCUGCAAGUCGACCUAGGCAGGAAGUAUCGACUGGUGGCCAUCGCCACCCAGGGGACCUUCAACUCAUAUGACUGGAUCACCAAGUACACCCUGCUCUACGGAGACCGACCGGACUCAUGGACGCCAUACAUCAUGCAAGGAGGAAACUCUACAAUGCCUGCGAACUGGAAUUAUUAUCAGUUGAAGAGGAAUGUCUUCCAUUACGCCUUUACUGCUAAACACAUUCGUCUGCUGCCUCUGGCAUGGAACACAGAGAACGGAGGGAAGAUCGGUGUGAGGCUGGAGCUGUACGGCUGCUCUUAUGAUUCCUAUGUGCUGCAGUACAACGGGGACGACUCAGUGAUCUACAUGUACCCGGAAAAGAGGUCUCGCACACAAAAUGACCUCAUUGCCAUAAACUUCAAGACUCUGGAGCAGGAUGGUCUGCUGUUACACAGUGAGGGGAUUCAAGGAGACCUCUUCACCUUGGAGCUGAAGAGAGGCCGUCUUUACCUGCACAUCAGCCUCGGAAGCAGUGUAAUACACAAAGUUGACGGUCGAACUACACUGACCGCUGGCAGCCUUCUUGAUAACCUACACUGGCACUAUGUCACUAUCAAGCGCGUUGGUCGACAGGUGAACUUCACAGUGGAUAGUCACUCAGUCACAGCCAUCUGUAAAGGAGAGUUUACACACCUGGAUCUGGAUCAACAGUUAUAUGUAGGAGGUGUUAUAGAGCCAAAUAUACCUCACCUGCCCACUACACCAAAUUUCCGCGGCUGCCUGGAGAACGUCUUCAUCAAUGGCAUCAAUAUCAUCGACAAGGCUAAGAGAGAGGAACCUGAAAUCCGAAUCCCAAGAAAGAAAAAGAUGCAUUAUGCCUGCAGGGACAUUCUGCUCAAACCGAUGACGUUUGCUGGGCCCAACAACUACCUGCAGGUGCCGGGCUUCUUCAGGAGGCCACGCAUGUUUGUGAAGUUUAAAUUCCGCUCAUGGGACUACACAGGGCUGCUAAUGUUCACGCGAUUUGCAGAUGACCUGGGUGCCCUUGAGCUGGGCCUCAGUGAGGGACAGAUCAACGUCACUAUAUUCCAGCCUGGGAAGAAGAAACUCCAGUUUGCUGCAGGGUACAGGCUAAAUGAUGGUUACUGGCAUUCAGUGGAUUUGGCCGCCAGAGACAACCUGCUGACGCUCACAAUCGAUGAGGAGGAGGGCUCUCCACUAAAGAUCACAAACCCGUUCACGAUUCGGACAGGAGACCGCUACUUUUUUGGAGGUUGUCCAAAAACCAACAACACAAUAAGGAAGUGUGAGACGAAGCUAAACCGCUUCCAUGGCUGCAUGCAACAUAUCUUCAUAGACAACGAACAGCUUGACAUCGACAUUAUUCUGCAACGACAGUGGGGGCGCUACGCUGAGCUGUUGUUAGGCACCUGUGGCAUCACUGACAGAUGUACUCCAAAUCCAUGUGAACAUGAAGGCAGAUGCAUCCAGUCGUGGGAUGACUUCAUCUGUUUGUGUGAGAACACUGGCUAUAAAGGAGAAGUUUGUCACAUGUCGGUUUAUAAAGAGUCAUGCGAGGCCUACCGACUCAGUGGCAAGUAUUGGUCUGGAAACUACACCAUCGAUCCUGAUCUCAGCGGACCACUGAAACCAUUUGAAGUGUACUGCAAGAUGAAAUCAUACAAAGCUUGGACAGUGAUUCUGAACGAUCGUGUGGAUGGCACUAAGGUGAGUGGGAGUUCAAUAGACCGGCCGUAUAUCGGAGACGUCAACUACUGGAACGCCUCCUGGGAUGAAGUCACCGCUCUAGCCAACACCUCCUUAUACUGCGAGCAGUGGAUUGACUACUCCUGCUACAAGUCCCGUCUCCUCAACACCCCCAAUGGAAGACCUUUUGGUUACUGGAUUGGCCGCAACAAUGAGAGUCACUAUUACUGGGGUGGAACUUUCAGAGAGGUCCAAAAGUGUGGCUGCGCUAUCAACCAAACCUGCACCGAUCCCAAGUUUCAAUGCAACUGUGAUGCAGACUAUCGACAGUGGUACUCAGAUAAGGGUUACUUAGACUGGAGAGACCAUCUGCCUGUGAGGAAGGUGGUGGUUGGGGACACCAACAGGACCGGCUCGGAAGCACAGUUCACCGUCGGGCCUCUCCGCUGCCAUGGCGACAGAAACAUCUGGAACACCAUAGCCUUCACCAAACCCACCUAUAUCACCUUCCCCACAUUUAAGCCUGGCUCCAGUGCUGACAUCUCCUUCCACUUCAAAACCUAUCGUGCCCCUGGUGUCUUCUUAGAGAACUCUGAUGACCAGCUUCGAAAUUUCAUCCGGAUAGAACUGAAUACCACCCAUAACCUUGUGUUUAUAUUUAUGGUUGGCGACGGCAUCGUUAAUGUGACUCUACGCUCCCCUGUGCCACUCAAUGACAAUGAGUGGCACUUUGUUCAGGCCGAGAUUAAUGUGAAGCUCGCCCGGAUCAAGGUUGAUUAUCAGCCUUGGGCUGUCACACGCUUUCCAGGUCAGACUUUCGUCACCAUGAAGUUUACGCAUCCUGUCUUAGUAGGUGCAGCCAACCGCACCCUCAGACCUUUCUUGGGGUGUCUUCGAGGGUUGCGAAUGAACGGUGUUCCUCUGGAUCUAGAAGGGAAAGUAAAUGAAGAACAGGGUAUAAGGAGAAACUGUACGGGGCAGUGUCUCAAUGCUACCAUACCGUGUCGAAACAGUGGUCAGUGUAUAGAGGGCUACGCUUCCUACACAUGUGACUGUAACAACACAGCUUUUGAUGGUUUCUACUGCCAUAAAGAUAUCGGAGCCUAUUUUGAGGUUGGCUCGUGGCUGAAAUAUAAUAUACGAAAAAAGCCUAUAUCAGACGAGGCAGCAUGGGCCAACUGGAUCGACCCGCACUACGACAACUUCAGCCUGGGCUACAAUGACACUGCAGAUGACAUCGAAUUCAGUUUCAGCACCGUUCACACGCCAGCUGUGUUGCUCUACAUCAGCUCCUUCGUCCAAGACUACAUUGCAAUCAUCCUCAAGAGCGAUGGUAGUGUAGAUCUGAGAUAUAAGCUGGGGCUCAUAACACACAAGUACCAGCUGACUCACCGAAACCUGGCAGAUGGAUACCCCCACUAUGUCAACAUAACCAGACACAACAGAACCAUCAAAACACAGGUGGAUUACAUGGAACCCAUAGUGGAAAAGAUAACCUUAGUGGAGGACGCCAGGUUUGACUCUCCAAAGUCUAUGUUCAUGGGCAGAGUGAUGGAGGUCGGUGACAUCGACUAUGAGAUCCAGAGGCAUAACGCUCCCGGCUUCAUUGGCUGCAUAUCUGGGGUGAGAUACAACGUUUACGCCCCAUUAAAGGCCUUUUUCCGACCAAAUGAAACGGACCCUCCUGUAACGACACAAGGCUACGUAUCUGAGUCCAACUGCGGCGCCUUCCCUCCUAUCUACGGUUAUGUACCGUGGGAGGUAGACCCCUGGUUUACCACCAUAGAGUAUAUUUAUAUCCAUGAUGACCUAGGCCUGUUUUGGAUAACAGUCAUUGUCAUCCUGGCGCUGCUGCUGCUCUUUGGAGGCCUGUACAGCAUCUAUGUCUAUGCGUACCAGCAGAAAGGCAGCUAUCGCACAAAUGAACCCAAGAACCUGGAGUCACCCAGCAGCUCCAGGCCUCUGACCGAGACCCUGAGGAGAGAAAAAAAGAAGCUCCCGGAAAUUGAAGAGGAGUUCAGGAGUGACUAGCAUUGCAGGACCUUCGGGACAGAGGGUGGCGUUUGACUGCGGGUUGGGGGAGAGGGGGAAUAGCACUUAGAACAACCACAGAUACCUGUAUUAAGUUUUCUAAUGCUUUCGUUCCCUUUUUUAUAUUUUGGUUUUUGUUCCAUACCCCGGGUUGAGCGGGAUCAGAUGCCUGGUGCUCUACAUAGUAUGUAUUUUGGUAAGGGUUUAAAGUUCACAUCAAGCCCCAUGUUGCAUGAGUAGCCAACAAGUCUCACACUGUAUUGCAGGGUGAAAUACUGAAGUGCCUCAUCUGAGCAAGCUUGAUCUGAAGUCACAUUACAGCUUAUUCAGAUAGGGUUUAGAUUAGACACUGUGGGAUCAGGAUUUUAAGGGAUGUUCAGUUACAGUUGGAAGAUCAGUUUAAAGGAAUACUUCACCCACAAAAUGAUCAGUAAGUCAUCCAUGUUCAAGUGUUAUCUUGAAUUUAUUAAGAAUUUUUCUCCCAUGCCUCAAUGAUGAAUAAAAAGAUCCAAAAACUGAUAAAAUUCUUGACGCAUUAAAGUGAAUGGGGGACAGCAAAACUAAAUCAAAACAUCCAUUUACUCUCAACUCUCACACAACCUGUGCAGUAUAAUCCAAGUCUUUUUUAUCCAGACGUAUGCUCAGUACUUCCCGAAUACAUACAUUUUCCCUAAAACCUUACUAUUUAAAAAGAAAUCUGCAUAAACAGAAUCGUAGGCACCAGUUUUAAGUUUGUCUGUGCAAAUUUGCAACUGUUAAUGUGAGAAAUAAUAAAGUUUUAGCAAAAAUGCAUGCAAAUACUGAGUAUAUGCUUAUUAAAUGAGACCUGGGUAUAGUGCAAAACUUUUGUGAGGGUUUGCAAACAGAUGUUUAAACAUAGUUUUGCUGUUGUUAAACGUAUCGCUUUAUUUUAUUCAAGACAUUAUUGAUUUACUGAGUUUUUGGAGGCAUGUGAGAAAAACAUUUUUCAAGAAUUCAAGGUAACAUGGGGGUGAGUCAGAGACACAAGUGAUCAUUUUGGGGGUGAAGUAUUUGUUCAACGUAUUCUAACACUUUUAUUAAUUAAUUUUUCUUUCCUGAGCCAUUUUUGAGACCGAUUAAAGCCACCGAUAUCUCACUGUAUAGAUGUAUUGCCAUCUAAGAUAUACCUUUUGAUGACAAUCUCUCAUGGAGCCGUUUUUGACAUCAUAGCUUAUAAUCCAUUGUGGGUUUGGGGCGCUGAACACAUCUGAGAAAUAGUGAACUAAACCAGUGCAACAAAAAUCCACAUCACCAAAAAACAAAAAUAACUGUUUUUUGUGAAUAAGAACCACCAACCGUAGAGAGAACACACUGACAAGCAUGGAGCCUUGAGAUGUUAAGCUUUGAGAUGAUACAUAUAAAGAUUGUAAAAGGUAUAUUCGCUUAUAUUUGUUGUAUUGCAGCCUAUAGCAGUGCAUUACCUAUACAGAACGGCACAUGUAAGUGGUUCAGAAUUGCCAUAGUGUCAGUAGAUAGCAGCUUUGCCGAUCACAGUAUGCUCAGAUUUCUAUUCUCAUUUGUGAGGCUUCGGAAAUGAGUGAUGAUGUAAGGUACUCCUCUAGGUGUGAGAGCGAACAGUCUGUUGGUGUGCUGCAGACACAAAACAAAAGUUGAGGAUGGAGCUCACCAGAGACCUAAAACGUCUCAUACCGUCCGUCUUACUUCUGGUCGCUUAUUACAUGGUCAAGCUGCCAACAGCUCGGUGCUACAGAUUGUUUGACCUGGCAGACAUCUCUUAUUACAGAAGAUUUAUCAGUCUUCUCACAAUCCUUUCAUCCCCGGUAAUAAGCAUCUUUCAGGAAACAGCUGCUCCAUGUGGCCAUGUUGGGAAGCAUAAACACAUGCACAAACACACACACACACACACAGUAACAUAUGUACAGAGGACCACAAGAGUGUAAAUCUUUUACUUCUAACUCAUACUGCUUAAAUUUUUUGCUCUAGGACAGUAGCCGACCGCUCUGCUCUGUCAAUGCUGCUGCUUGUUUAGCUGCUUUCAGUGGAAAGUUGAAAAAUUCUACCUAUAUAGUCCAAUGAAGUUUCCUUCUCUGGCAAGAUGAAAUUUCGUUUAGAUGUGUAAUGCAACCAAAGCUUCAGUCUAUCAUCAUUCACUGCAGCUCCUCUGGAUACUACAGCACUGUUGUGUUUGUGAAAAAAAAAAAAAAACAGGGAAAAAGUAAAACAUUUGUAUCAUAUGAGCUAUGCAUUUGUAGAGCAUGACUGCACUUUUCAGUGACACGCAAUAACACGAGCUUCUUCCAGCCACCAAUGAUGUUAAUGUUUAAUUUGCAGGUGCACAAUAGCAACUAGGAUGUAAUGAGUAUAUACGUGACUAUGUGUAUAAUGUGUUAGGCGACUUUUAUAUUCCUACGGUUUAUACAAAACAAGUUAAAUGGAGUGAAUGUAAAUCCUCUGACUCUGUAUUGUACGAGCAGACGCUGCAGUGGAGAACUGCUCGGGUUGUUUUAAUUUAUUCGUGGUAGCUUUUUUAGAACGCUCAGGAUAAAGAAAGUACAGUACUUGUUCUCUGUAGCACUAACACACCUCCAAAACUCAACAUUGUUGGUUUCUUCCAUUACAGAUGGACAGGAAGUUGUACAUUGCGGAAUGUAAAUGCAAUUACUGUAAAGGCACGAAAAUGUAAGAAACUGUACAGAUUUGGCCAAAACUGGCAUUUACAGGCUAUAUUUUUAAGAAUGCUGUAAUGACUUGAAUGACAAUUGGAGUGAAACUGUUGGUUUGUGAUCGACAUGAAGAAUGGUUUGUGUUUUUGUUAAAUGGACAAU